CACAGUCUUAUGGCUUUGUCUGUACACUAUACCGGGUGCCCACUGCGCAUGUGCUGGACGCUUUGUCAGCAGUCUCUGGUCAUCCCCUUCACUGUCUGCAGGGUCUCUGGUCAUUACCCUGCAAAACAUCUCUGGGUCAUCCCCUGUACUGUCCGCAGUCUCUGGUCAUUCCCUGUACUGUCCGCAGUCUCUGGUCAUUCCCUGCACUGUCCGCAGUCUCUGGUCAUUCCCUGCACUGUCCGCAGUCCUCUGGUCAUUCCCUGCACUGUCCGCAGUCUCUGGUUCAUCCCCUGCACUGUCCGCAGUCUCUGGUCAUUCCCUGCACUUCCUCUUGUCAUCUCCUGCACUGUGUCCGCAGUCUCUGGUCAUCUCCUGCACUGUGUCCGCAGUCCUGGUCAUCUCCUGUACUGUGUCCGCAGUCCUGGUCAUCUCCUGUACUGUGUCCGCAGUCUCUGGUCC